AUGGCAAAUCAGACAAAUGGGACAACUCUGCCUCCCAACUCUACGCUGCCUCCUGAACUAUCUUUUUCUUUAGGAGUAAACGGCACACCUGCAACAACCCCUAUCCUGCUCAAUGGUACAGCUACAUUAGGAGCAGUGACUGAUGAUGCCGGUGUGGAAAGCACCGGAGUAGAUGGCAAUGAGGCCAUCAAUUCGGGAGAAUCUAAUGGAACCCCUGUAUUCCUGCCAGCCCCUUAUCGAAUAUAUGAAAAGGCAGCUGCUACCACUACAAUGUCAGGAAUUCCAAGAUUUGGUCACCCUUCAGACUUUUCCUAUGUUGGCUACCUUGCUUCCAAUACAAACUCAGCCAGUGGAGAGGAUUAUCUUGUGGGCUUUUUAUCUGGAGAACCCUUCACGAACCCACACAUAAACGAUCCUCUGUCAAUCAAAGCCAAAAAGGUUGCAGAUGCUGAUGGAAAAGAAUACCUUGAAGACGAUUCUUGGGUCUGGAAACCCCGCUGUAUCAGAAUUACAUUUUUCUUUUGUGGGUUGAUUCAGAUAAUUUUUGCUAUCCUCCUGGUCACCAAAGGAGUGGAAAAUUUUCAGCAAACCACGGAUACAAUCCAAAUCUCCACAGAGUCAAUGCGGCUGUAUGUGAAAGAAGCAGUAGAUGUCUCCCUUAACCUCAAGCAAGAAGGAGACACGGGCUGGAUCUUGCGUGAUCAGGUUAUUCUUAAUUUGGAUAGGGAGAACUUUUGCCCUGGCAACCCACUCCUCAACCAAACAGAACAAGGACAGAAGAUUCUCUUAGGCACAGAGCAAGUUCUCCAGAUGCUGAAUGAACUGGGUGAUUUUAUUUCCUUUAAUGUGGCUACGCUUGAGACAAGUUUGGAGGUUACCCAAGAUCAGUUAGACAGCCUUGAGUGGACUAUGGCAGACACAAAGAGUCCUGAAUCAAAUGGUGGUCUUGUUGCAUUUCCAUAUUUGAUCUUGGCGAGUGCGAUGAUAGUUGGAGCUGUUACAGCCCAAGCCAAUUCCAUGACAGAUUGUUUCCUUUGUGUGCUGAACUGGGUGGUCCUCCCCCUCUACAUCUUUCAGACUGUUCUCUCUUACAUUGCAUUGGGGGUAGUUGCAAUUGGUGCUUCCCUGAAUGCAGAUUUCUGUGGAGGGCAAACAAGAUCACCGGACCAAGUAAUGUUGGAUACCAUGUUCCGGUUAGGAUUCAAGGAAGAUGGUCUUCUGUUCCAGAUUGUUCGUUACUAUGCCUAUCAGUGCACUGAACGUGCUGAAGUUGACCCAUUCCUUUUUCUCCGCAAGUUUGAUAGUUCAAUUGCACAAGGUCGUGAAGCUAUCCAGAAUCUCACAGAGAGCAUGGAUGAGGCUGCACUGCAACAAUUAUCCUUGGCAUGCAAUCGUGAUUUCCAUCCUUUGCAAAAAAGUCUCGGACAGACGGUUGGUCUGUUGGAUGCCCUGCUCAAGGCUGCAGAUCGUGCCCUCAAUCUUCUUCGUUGUGAGACACUGGUUCCUUUCUACACUGACAUUGUUUAUGAUGGAACUUGUACCUACAGUAUCACUGGAUUUGCAUGGCUAUUUGCAUGUUUGUUGAUUGUUUCAGUGAUGGGGAUGAUGAUGAUUAUGUUUCGGGCUUCAUAUCAAAACACAAUCUAUGGAAACACUCCUGGAACAAUGAAGAGUGUCGGAGACAAUGAUGAUUCCACAGCCAGUGGAACAGUGAACUCCAGCCAUCCUGAUGAGGUAGAUCCUCUCACCAGUGCUACUGCUGAGACUGGUGCUGACGAUACAUGCGCUGAUGAGGCGCAGCAACAGGAGGGCACAGUGAGCUCAAGCCAACCUGAUACCACAGAUCCAAUUGCCAUCGCCAGCGCUGAUGCUGAAGGAGAAGCAACCACGGCUGACGAUGCUGCCAAUGCUGAUGAUGCGCAGCAACAGGAGGGAACCAUGGACUCAAGCCAACCUGAUGCUGUGGAACCUCCUAGCGGUGCCAGUACUGGUGCUGAAGGAGAAGCGACCACGUCUGCCGAUGCUGCCGAUGCUGAUGAUGUACAGCAACAGGAGGGAACCGUGGACUCAAGCCAGCAUGAUUCUGUGGAACCUCCUAGCGGCGCCAGUACUGGUGCUGGAGGAGAAGCAACCAAGGCCGACGAUGCUGCCAUUGUUGACGAUGCGCAGCAACAGGAGGGAACAGUGGACUCAAGCCAACCUGAUGAUGUGGAACCUCCUAGCGGAGCCAGUCCUGUUGCUGAAGGAGAAGCAACCAAGACCGAUGAUGUUGCCGACGCUGCUGCCAGUACUGAUGAGGAGAAGCUGCGGGAGGGUGAUCUUGAUUCCACAACCACAGACCAACCUGAUGUUGACACCGAAGGCAAACCAAAAGAGGAAACAUCAUUGUUCGGCUGGUAG